AUGAGAUUCGCACUUGCCUUGGCAGCUUUCGCUGUUGCUGCUGCUCAAUCAACUUCCCUCAACUCUGACCGUAGCCUUUUGCUCUUCAGCAAGACUGCUGGUUACCGUCAUGAAAGUAUCCCGGAUGCUAUUGAGCUCGUUACUUCCAUCGCCAACGAGAAUGGAUGGUCUGUCACUGCCACAGAAGACUCUUCGAUCUUUACAUCGGAAGGAUUGAGCAGCUACUCAAGCCUGGUGUUCUUGCACACAACAGGCGAUCUUCUUGUUUCGCACGAAUAUGAGGCACUACAUGAGUACUUGCUCAACGGUGGUUCGUGGUUGGGCAUACACGCUGCCGGCGACUUUGGAAACAACACACCACCUUGGUACAACACGUUAGUUGGAGCACAGUUUGAGUUCCACCCCUGCGCUCCUGAAUGGACAUGCAGUCCAGCCCAGCUCGAGCGUUAUCCCGCCUCUGGCAACAUUCGAUCCGAUAUCGUCACUAUCAAAGACACGACACAUCCUUCAACAGUCGGUCUUCCCGUAUCAGAAAACAGAACAGAUGAGUGGUACUCGUACCGAACCAACCCGAGCGAAUCUUCGCAUUACACUGUACUCGCUAUUCUAGAGGAAACUUACAUCGAUGAGAUCACACCAGCGUACUUGAGCAUGGCGCCUGAACAUCCCAUCUCCUGGUAUUCGACCUUCGAGGGUAAGGCGAGGUCAUGGUACACUGGCAUGGGACAUACUAAGGAGAGCUAUACCGAGCCGUACUUCGUUGAACAUGUUGCGGGUGGUCUGAAGUGGGUUCUCGGUCUGGAAGACUAGUUUUACCAAUAACUUGUGC